AUGGAAGUUGCAAGUGCUCCUGCUAGAAGGUCGCAACCUCCAACCACGCAACCUUCUAGCCAGCCGCAAACACCUCGAAGUGGUGAAUAUCAGUUGACCGAAUUGAAGAAUGUUCCCAGCAGAGCAGCCAGGGUUGUCUCUGGUGAUUUUGAGCGAGGAGAAAAAGCUUUCCCUACCAUUGACUCAUCGAUCGACGAAGAAUUGGCAUUGAGCGCAACGGCUUCUGAGUCACAAUCACGCGAUGUUACGGACGAGGAUUUUCAGGUUCGGUUGAUCAACGCAGUGCGUGAAAACCCUUGCUUAUACGAUCCGUUGAAUGAGUAUUAUCGAGACAAACCCGAGAACGCCAAGUUUCGCUUACGAGUUUGGGACCAGAUUGCUGAAGAAUUACAUUGGCAAUGGUCCGACUUGAGCUUACUUAUCGACGAGUGGGACCGUUUGCGAGAUCUCUACAUCCAGAAGAAAACCGAACGCGCUGAGGAUGGUCCUGAUCGGUUAUGUCCGACAGACUUUCUAUCCGAAUCUAUGCAGUGGAUAGACGAAUUCAUUUUCGAAGACGCACCGCUUUCAAGCCAGUCUCACAUAUCUUUGUCACCAAGUAAUGCACAGGACGUGUAUUUCAAUGAAGUGAAUCACGAUGUGAUGAUCUCAGGCCAGUCUCACAUAUCUUUGUCACCAAGUAAUGCACAGGACGUGUAUUUCAAUGAAGUGAAUCACGAUGUGAUGAUCUCAGGGUACCAACAACCUUCGCAGAGCGCGACUACACAAAGAUUACCUCAGUCGGAUUCGCACAGCGGAGGAUACAUUUUGCUUCGACAGGCAAGCCCUACUGGAGGUCAAACCACUAUUCGAUUAGUGAGCACAGCCUCUGGAAACGAAAAUGCUACUCGAAGUGGGACGACAUCAAAGUAA